ACUCGAGAAAGCAAUAAAGUAAACAGACUAUUUUUUUUUCUUCUUCUGAAGGAUGGACUGCGUCACAGUGAAUGGAACUUUUCCGGUCAUUUAACUGCUUAAAAUACACAUUUCUGACAUCAAACUUCUGUUCUUGACCUUCUAUGAUUAAGUUUUUUUUCUCUCAAAUCUGGAAUUUCAUUUUGUUCGUGCAUUCUAAAUUUCUUGUUUUUUUGUUUUUGUUUGGAUUGGAUAGCAACAGAAGAGAAGAGCAUGUUUUGAAAUAUUGAUUGACGUGUCCAAGUUUCAAGUUGCUGUUUCACAAACAUUUUAGUUAAUUGUCGACACGGACUCAACCUGUCACCCUGGAUUCCUCAGAUUCAGACGAUACCGUCAUUAUGACGUCACCCAAGGGUGAGACGUAUCACGAGCAGGAUGUCCAGCACCUAUUCCGCGCCAUCCGGAAGGGCAAAGGUCACCUGACACGCUUUAUGCUGGCCGCCUCCAAUAACGCCCUCCUGAACUGCUGGGACAAGGAGGGAAAGACGCCCCUAAUUGAAUGCUGCUACAUCAAGGAAGAAGGGACACGUGACCACAUGGUUCGAAUACUGAAAGACGCGGGAGCAGACGUGAACAUGAAAGACAGAAAUGGAUGUACGGCCUUGAUUCACGCCUGCGAGCAGCGGUGUAAUGAUAUCGUGAGAAUCCUUGUGCAACACUGUAACAUCAACCCGGAUAUUGAGGAUAUUGACGGUAAUACCGCCCUCAUUCACAGCGCCAACGUAGGGAACGACGUGGCCUUAGAGCUUCUCGUACGCAACUUUCGAAGGUUGGGCUUACAAGUUGACCACUACAACAAAGCUGGCUACACGGCCUUGCACGUGGCUGCCAGGAGUGGCUAUCUUCAAUGCGCGAAAAUUCUGGCCAUAAAGGGCAAGGCGUCCUUGACCAUCAAAGACAAAAACCACCAGCUGACACCGCUAGAGUGGUGCCUGAAACAGGGUUAUCAAAAACAGGAAGUUGAGUUCCUAAAACCGUCAGCAAAGUUUUAUCGAUUGGCUAAGCUGACCACAACAAUGGCGAAAUACAGGAAAAAGUCCACGCAGGAAAGUUUGCUCAGUUCUCCAGGGUCCCCUAGUUCGUCUCCUCAGAAGGCAUCUGAGAAGCCUAAAAGCAAGAUGAAAGGGUUUUUAAAAAAGAAGCACAGUACUGAUGACAACACAGAUGAUGCCUCUAACUCCAAAGGCAGUGAUUCGAAGUUUUUCGACAGAUUUUCUUCUGGGAAGGGAGAUCCUCAAUCAGGCCAAAAAAGAAUCUGGUCACGGAGCAACAAGCAGAGGAGUUUCAGCUCCUCAGAUCAACCGGAAGACGUACAUAUUGAACAAAGCAUCAAGGCGGCUUUGACGCACAGCCGUUCUCACCCCACGGAGAGCGCUAAUGCCAACGGUAGGCUUUUGCUUAACCAGGGUCAUGUGUCCUUAAGUGACGAGUUUGGAGAGUGUGACACUGACGACCUUGACAUCUCAGAUUCAGACUCCAACAUCAUACGAUUCUGUUCUCCAAGCGAAGGAGACAGGUCUUCUGCAAUUUACGCUGAAGGCGGGGUCUACUGUGGAAGUAAUCCCGCUAGCGGCGUCGAUAAUUCGCGACGAAACGACAGCUCUUCGUCCUCUCAUUACACAGAAGGCGGCGUCUACUGCGGAUACACAUCAACGUCUAGUGAAGUUUCAUUGCCCUACAAAUCAUUGCAAAAAGAAGCCUUGGGGCUUAGAGAUCAGUCGACGCCUCGCAACGAUGAGACAACUUCACCAGAAGCUACAGGCGAUAUUGACGACGAUGACAGUUCAGACAAUGACGCCGAGGAAGAUAAUGACUCGUCAGAGGAAGACGAGGGCGAGGGUGAAUUUUGUAAUGACGACGUCACGGUAGGUGACUCGCCGGACAACGCAGACGUCAAUGAAACGUGCCUGACAUUUGUAGCAGAAGAACAUGAAAAUGGCGAGACUUCGAAAAUUCAUAAAGAUGCAAUCAUGAUUUCAAACGCUACAAACAAAUGUGGUUCUCAAACUGCAAGCUGCAGGUCAGACUCCGCAAGUCCUGUUACUGAGAUCGAAACGCUUGAAUUCCACACAAAAAUCUGCCCUGUACCAGAAUCCACAGACUCAGAAUUAAAGCUCCCUCGUAAAGUGAAUUUACACGGUGAAACUCUUCAGGGGCAUAGAUCAUCCCUAGUUUCAUCGGCGUCUCUACCCUUACCCACUCCAUCAAAAGGUCAAACUACGCGACCUGAGCCCAUCAAUUCUACUUUGCAUAAGACUCCAAAACUACAUUCUACUAAUGCUGCCGUCGGCCGAGACUUGUCAUCCCCUGCGACAGAAAUCGAAUAUCUUGACCUCAGUAGCAGUCCGGACGACUUCAAUACGACUUCUGUCUCCAAAAGAACCGAUACCAAUUUCAGCAAAUUAACACAAAAUCAAUCAAAGAAAGAGUCGACUUCAAGUAAUCGUGACACUGAUAGAAAUAACUCUAUAUCCCCUAUUACUGAAAUCGAAUACAUUGAAAACGAUACGAUACCUUCAAAAAACAAUGUUUUAAUGAGCAAAACGAAUGUUAAUCAAAUCAAUUGGCCAUUAGGAACUGAAACAUCAAAGAGCCAAGGGAGGAAACUGAACAAAACCAACAAUACGAAACGCGAUUUGGAAUCUCCCAUGACAGAGAUAGAAUAUUUCGAUUGGUCAACACCUGUCAACAGCCGAUCUUGUACGCCUGCACAAAUUGACUCUUUCGGCAACGGCUCCAAAUCCCAAAGCCAUCAACGUGCCUGUGCAGCGAUGACGUCUGUCUACACGUCUGACCUAACGAUGACUGACAUCGAUAAGGCCAACAGUUCCAAAUACAUUUCGGAGCCUCAGACUGUGGAUAGUUCCGCGGCCAGCAGGGCGCCGUCCACUGACAGUAGCGAGGUUUCCACGUUAGACAAUCGACUGACUCCCCUACAGUCCAGUCAACGCCAGUCAGGACUCACGUAAUUGACAUUUUAAAUUUUUAGUGUUCAUUUAAGACAACUUAAGUUUGCGUUUAAAAUAAAACAAUAUAACUCGUUAUUCAUAGAAAAAAUGUUUCGCAAAUUAACUUUUGUUUCAUAUCAAUUUUUGUUUCUGGGUAGGGGGUGGAAAGAACAAUUUAUGUAGGCGUAUUGUAUUAAUUUAACACCUAGGAUUCAUAUUGAUUUUAAAUAAAUUACAUUUAGUGCCAAAUUCAACGUCAGAUUUCCAGAGCCAUUUUGUGACACAUAAUUAUUUGAUUCUCAUAGAACUCUCUAUAUAUGCAAAUGACAUUUUAAAACUUAAUGCUAAACAAUGUUCGGGUUGGGGACUGUGUGAAUAUAAAACAUGAAAGUUUAAGUUAUAAUUGAAGAGAAAUAAAAGAACAUCUACCACCAGGGCUCGCGGUGAGUCCAUGACAACUCCACCUAGCAGUAGACCAGGUCACUUGGACAAGAAUCCAGGUAGUCACUCACCUGGGCAACGCUUCUCAGCCACAGCGUGGCGCGCGGUUGGAAAUGAUCGUUAGAGGAGACGAUUACACCAAUAAGGAAGCCAAUCAGAACUCUAGCUAGGAUGCCUAAGGAUCGAGUCCAUUGCAUUGGCGGGGAUGGAAGAGAGCUCUAACAACCAUGUCAGUAUCCUAACAUCAUUCAUUAGGGGGGCAUUUUAUGGUGGACACUGCAGAUGUGGUACAGAGAAGAAAUAUGGGGGAGUUAGCUCAUUGUGCUCGGCUUCCGGCCUCGCUUCUAACCUGAGUGUCUUGGAAUACGAGCCAUUAGAAGCAGUGAUGUAAAAAUUUACAUCUGCUUCAAUCUGGACAUAAGUUAGUUCAGACAGGCAGAUGGGGGCAACCUUUCAAUGGACUAGAGGUCCAAGUGUUUUGUACUCAACUUUGAGGACAAUCAAAGAAGCCACUUAAAGGAAAACAUUUCAGAUGAUACAUUUACCACUGGAAUAAAUCCAACUCUAUCUAUAAUCUAUCUUAUAAAACAAAAGCUCUUCACUCAGUAAACUUGUGUCAUCUUAAUGUACUAUUUAGAAAUAAGGUCACAUUUCUAUGAUUAGUUAGUGAAAAUAUGAAACGUGUAGUGUUAUCAGUUUGAAGGUUUGUAAAGACGCUAAUAUAUUUUUUCUUGAUGUUAUAAUACUGUGUUUUCUCAUAACUGUGAUCAAAUAAUAGAUGUACAUUUCUUCUUCUGUACCUGCGCUCUAUCAGUGAGUACUUGACGUCUUUCCAGAAUUGUUUCAAUCACUUUAGUUCUUUUCUCUUCAAUUUAUACACUUAUUUUCGUAAAUAACAUUCUGGAUUGAAUUUGAAAAACGCACUUAUGACCUCAUAAUGUUGUUAUAAACAUUCCUUUCAUUGUUCCAUAUUCUUAGACCUUGCACGAUACAUUCUAUUUACGACCAUAAAAGUUCAAAAGUAUUUGUAUAAUAGUGAACCAAUACCAGAUCAAUGCGUUUCUUUUUUUUAUGUAAACUCAUCAAUUCACUUCCUCCGAGUAUGACCUAUAUACGUUUUCUUUCAACAGUCUCUGCUCUUUUAGCCUCUUGCCUAUAGAGUUUGGUUGCUUAGAAUCAGGGACAGAUUUAGGGGAGGGCAGACGUGGCUACUGCCCCUGGACCUCAGCAAGAGAAGGGCCGCCACAAAAGAGUUUUAAAAAAUCAUCAGAAUUUCAACGGAUUAGGAAACGUUCUUUGUUAUUUUGUUGAUGUUUGUAAAAUGUUUUACAUGUUUCGGAUGUUCCUUCAGAGUUGAAGAUAAUUACUUCCUAGUCCAAACCUCCCGCAGGACGACGGGGGAUGGGAGCGGGCAGGGUUUGAACCCGGGACCGUCGAUAAAUCUGAACGACAGUCCAGCGUGCAAACCGCACGACCAGGCAGCCAUGUAACAUUAUUGUAUACGUUUUGCCACAUUGUCCGCGUGCUCGUAAAUGUAAAAUGCAGCUCUGGAUUUACAGCAUUGCGUCAACCCAGGAAUUUACCACAAACUCAAAUGUAAUGAGUGUAAUCUUUGAUGAGUGCUAGUGAUUACUUUUGAAUGGAUAUCAUUCACUUAAACGAACGGUCACGUGAUAAUAUGUAAAGUAACAUUUGUAAUAGAGAGAAGCCAAACUCCAUUCCUAACUAACAGAAAAAAAGUUAUAAUAAGCUUUAGGUGAAUAGUUUGAGUUUGUUUAAUAGUAACAAUUUACAACGAUAUACAUAAAAGUCUACUCACCAGGACAUACAUAUCUAACGGGUGUUCACAUUCACCUCACAUUCACCUAUCCCUUAGUCUUUUGGACCGUUGGUGUCACGAAAGCAAUUAAAUCACACACAGUGACACACAUAAAUUCUUUACGUAUUUUCAAUACUUAACUAACGCUCUAAAGACAUUGACAUAAUUGUGUCAAUGUAGUAACGAAGUGAGUAUCACAUAUCAAGAAAACAAAAGAAGAUAACCUCAAGGUUUUUAGGACAAGACUCUGUCAAAAGUCAUCCUUCAAGAUACAGUUCUUGAAACACGAAGUAAUGGUUGUCCAAAAAAAAAAAUCUGACUGGACAACUUGAAAGGAUGCACCGGUCUCUUUCUAAAGAUCCUUCAAAGGACCGGAAAGCAUAAAGAGAUUUUGUUACUUCAAUUGUUACAUCACCCAACGAGUCAAGGGAUGGUGUUGAUCUCAAUGAACAAACUGUGCUACAAAACUAAAUCUCUGACAUUUCUAACUUUCCGUUCAAUAAUAUUUGACUAGUAAGCGAUUCCUAAAAUAAGGUUUUUGUUUGUGUACUGGUAGGCGACCCCGCGUUGUCUCUUGUGCAGAAAGGUCUAAACGGAGGUAACACCAAAAUAACCGAAUCAGUUCACGAAGUCGAAUGGCCCACAAUGCAAAAAAUAAUUGACGCUGACGAAAGAUGUCGAAAAAGAAGUUUAAUACUUAAUGAAAGGAACCGUCGAAUGUCGCAAAGUUCAAUAUCUACUCCAGAAACCUUACUGUAAAGCUGGCAGGCGUAUGAUGUGUUUACUUUCGUUACACUUUAAAUCCUAGUCUUCUUUUUACUAGUGGCAUCAUCGUGACGAAAUCAAAACUUUACCCCUUUCAUGAAACAAAUAACUUUUCGCGCCAAAUUCCAACUCGUAUCCUAACAGUACCCCGUUCAAUGGAUGACCAAUUUUAUGUCCAAAACUGAGAUUAAGGUUAAGGGCUUAGAACGGCCAUCCCCGUGAAGUCUUUCUGAGUCUAUCCAGGACUAAAACAGUUACUCGUCACCCCACUGUAUGGAACUUUCUGAGGUUUUUCUCCAAGUGGCCAGGACUAAAACAGUGAUUCGUUACCCCACUGUAUGGAACUUUUUCAAACUGAGCAAGUUGCCUACAUCGAAUUCCUUUCCAGGGUCUCGGAAACCGAUGCAUCGAAGGCGUUGUUUCCCUGAACAGCAAAGUCAUGCUCUGCCUUCCCGUGGUGCACCAUUACGUCUUGACUCACGACUUUUUCACUGUGGGUGCCAUGGUAAGUCCAGAGUAGCUGACAAGUGGUCACGUUUAUCUUAGCCAAUACUAUCGUCCUGCGUAUUGAGCUGGCUAUAGUAUGGCAGACGAUGAGACCUUUAAAAAUAUCAAACGAUUUAUUUUUUUUUACACAUUGAUCUCACUGGUACAAUAUGGUUGAUCUAGACAAUCAUUUUCUUUUUUAAAGCAAGUUCAAAAACUCCGUUUAAAGAACGAUAUGUAAAUCUACCCAACAUAAAACUAUAUAAAUUAACACAUACAGUUGUCCCCCUUUAGAUUAUUUGACGAAAUAACCACUACAUUCUUCUUCUUCUUGAAACUGUCAGAUAGAGUUGAGCCUUCAGCUCUUGGAACUCUAAGCCAGCAAAAGUGAACAAGAGCUCCCUCUCACUGGCCUGAAAAUGAACAGUGUACACUGUUCUGUCUGACGGGUGGGUCAGACUCGCGGCAAGAGGCCGCGUACACUAAGACCCCCGCCAUUUUCCUUUUCUAUACCAGGCUAAACCGUGCAGGACACGCCAUUUAUGUAACGGCCCCUUGAGGAACAGAUCCUGGAUUGUGACAAGGUUGUGGGAGCUUUUUUACAAUUCCGCACAGUGCAAUGAGGAUGCUCUCGUACCCCCUUAGGCACCCCCACGGGAGUCCUGUUUUGCUACCCUUUAGCCUAAUCGUUUCCUCUUACGAUCGUUUCCACCCGGAGGCACUAUGAGACAGGGUAGCAUGCCUGGGAACCACUACAUAAGUACAAAGAGACUCUUAUCUGUUCGUUGACUUUCGUCCAAGUAGUACUGUAACAAUUCGCGUCACCAAAUCCCUCCACUUUUCCCGGUCAGCAGCUGUUCUUAGCAGGACAUCAAGAGAGAGAGAGAGAGAGAGAGAGACCGGUUAAAUCGUUUACGCUUUCCGGCCGGUUUAAAUGAUUACAAAUGUGUCAAUAAGUGUUAAGAUAAAGAGAGAUAUGAUCCUAGGAUGUGCAGGUAGAAAGAAGAUUUCCUACGAAUCAGUUUUCUUCUCAAAAAUGUUAACACAAUAUGUGAAUUGAUGUUGAAACUAACAAUAUGUCAAAUAUUUUCUUGUUUUCUAUUGGUAAUCCUAGGCUAUCGAACAUCGGUUAUAUUACGUGAUAUGUUAUCGUAUACAAUGUUAUAGAGAGAACAAAACAUCAAACUAUUUUGUGUGUGUACUUUUCUUCCUUUCUUUUUCUUCCUUUGUUUAUGCUUCAACUUUUUUUAUCUUAAAUCUUUUCAUUGUGAUUUAAAUGUCACCUUUUUAUUUCAUUUUAAAUUAUUAAUAAAAACUUGC